AUGCGAACUGACGUUCUCUUUGCCCUGCUCUCGCCAGCAUUGGCUUUCCAAUCAACACAACAAAGGCCACUGCACGAAGACCCAGAGCACCUUGCCGAACUGGAGAGAAAAUGGGGCGACAACUGGGCCUUCUCGGGCAUCUCGACCUUCGGCCACGUCCCGCAUGUCAAGUGCCUCACGCACCCAGAAGAAAGUUUCGACAUCGGCAUCAUCGGCGUCCCCUUUGACACGGCCGUCAGCUACCGGCCCGGCGCCCGCAUGGGUCCGCGCGCCAUCCGCGCCGCCUCGGGCCGACACAUCAUCAGCCGGGGCUUCCACGCGCAGGCCGCCGUCAACCCGUACACGUCGUGGGCCAAGAUCAUCGACUGCGGCGACGUGCCCGUGACGCCGUUCGACAACGCCGUGGCGAUGGAGCAGAUGACGCAGGCGCUGACGGAGCUGGGCACGCGCCGCGCGGCGUACCCGGGCGACCCGGUGUCGGGCGCGCCGCCGAUGAUGAAGCCGAAGCUGCUGGUGCUGGGCGGCGAUCAUCUCGUCGCGCUGCCGGCGCUGCGCGCGCUCAAGGCCGUGUAUAACGAGCCGAUGGUGCUGCUGCACUUCGACAGCCACCUCGACACGCUGCAUCCGAACAGCUAUCCCAGCGCGUGGCCGAGCGAGCAGGCCACGUUCAAUCACGGCUCCGUCUUCUGGCAGGCCAGUAAUGAGGGGCUGCUGCACAACUCGUCGUGCGUGCAUGCUGGCAUCAACACGCGUCUCACUGGUGGCUCUGACAUCGACUACGAGUCCGACGACGCCAUGGGCUUCCUGCGGAUUCCUGCCGAUGCGGUGGAUGAUGUGGGCGUGGCGGGCAUCGUUGAUGCCAUCACUUCGAAGAUUCCGAAGAACGCCAAGGUCUACUUGAGCAUUGAUAUCGAUGUUCUCGACCCGGCUUUUGCCCCUGGCACUGGCGCUCCGGAGCCUGGUGGAUGGUCGACUCGCGAGAUGAUCAGGAUUCUGAGGGGUCUUCGCGAUCUGGACAUCGUGGGUGCCGACAUCGUCGAAGUUGCUCCUGCAUACGACACCCCUGGUGCCGACACAGCCUUCGUGGCUGCGGCGCUUGGCUAUGAGAUUAUAACUCAUAUGGUCAAGCAGGGGCUGAACUCUGUUCCUGCAAACAAAGAUCCCCUCACGAAGACUGAGCUUUGA